GUCAGGCACAGGGGGAGCUUCAGCACCAAUCUCAUCCUCUGACUGAACACCUGAAGAAGAUGGGGCUGAAAGAUCAUGGCUGGUCUUUGACCCUUUUCUUGUGGAUUAUGUUGCUGUGGGGCAGCUUUGCUGUUACCAAGUCAGCUGCAUCUGCCGCUGCCUCUUCUGCUCGCAAACAGGACGAGACUCUCUCCAUGCUCAGUGUUUACAGAGCAAGAUGCACGUCAAGGUGCCUGAGUCUGCACAUCACUCGCAUCUCAGCCUUCUUCAAGCACUUCCAGAACAAUGGAUCACUGAUUUGGUGUCAGAAUCAUAAGCAAUGUUCAAAGUGCUUGGAACCAUGCAAAGAAACCUGGGAUUUGAGAAAGAAUAACUGCCAAAGUCUCUGUGAGCCACUCUUUCCCAAGAAGCACCAUGAAUGUUUAACCAGCUGCGAGUUUCUCAAAUCCGUCUUGUCCGUGAAGCAAGGAGAUUGCCCGGCUCCAGAGAAAGCCAGUGGAUUUGCAGCAGCUUGCGUUGAAAGUUGUGAUGCCGAUAAUGAAUGCUCAGGGGUCAAAAAAUGUUGCUCCAAUGGAUGUGGCCACACAUGCCAAGUACCUAAAACCCUAUACAAAGGUGUUCCUUUGAAGCCCAGGAAAGAACUGAUCUUCAGUGAGCUCCAGCCUGGAACGCUAGAGAUAAAAUGGUCUUCCAAAUUUAAUAUUUCAGUGGAGCCAGUGAUAUAUGUUGUGCAGAGGAGAUGGAACUAUGGGAUUCACCCAAGUGAGGAUGAUGCAACUAGCUGGCAAACAAUGGCACAGAUGACAGAGGAAAGAGUACAGUUCUCUGAUGUCAGGCCGAGCAGAUGGUACCAGUUCAGAGUCGCUGCUGUUAAUGUGCAUGGAACCAGAGGAUUUACGGCACCUAGUAAACACUUUCGGUCAUCAAAAGAUCCUUCAGCGCCCCCAGCACCAACCAACCUCAAGCUGGCCAACACUACAGUAAUCGGUGACGGUAGUGUGACAGCACGAAUUACAUGGGAUCUCCCGGAGGAGCCUGAUAUUCCUGUACAUCAUUAUAAAGUGUUUUGGAGUUGGACAGCCAACAGCAAAUCAGUCGUUCCAGCUAAGAAAAAGAGGAGAAAGACAACCGAAGGGUCUCAGAACUAUGUGAUUUUGGAAGGGCUUCAACCAAACAGCAACUAUAUGGUAGAGAUACAAGCAAUAACAUACUGGGGACAAGUGCGCCUGAAAAGUGCCAAGGUUUCUCUAUCCUUUUCUUCUGGGUCAUCAAGCAAGGAUCAAAUAUCAAAAGUCAGCAAAAUAAAGACGGACACUCUUGUACCACCACAAAGGAAGAGAACUGCCCGUAUGCUUGAAAUAGGUGCUCCAUUCUUCCAGGAUAACCAGCUUCAAGUCAAAGUCUAUUGGAAAAAAUCUGAAGAUUCCGUGCCAGCACUGUAUCAUGUACAAUGGAUUCCAGAGUCAUGCACGCACAAUGAAACCAAAGGACAAGAAAAAGCAGUAACCCAAGAUCACCAUAUAAUACUACCUGCGCUAAUGUUUUCCUGCAAGUACAAAGUUACCAUCCAACCAGCAAGAUCCAAAGGACAUGUGAAGGCUGAAAGUAUCUUCUUCACGACUCCUCCAUGUUCAGCUCUGAAAGGGAAAAACCACAAACAUAUAAACUGUCCAACGGAUGGCGGGCAAGUGGUGUCCAAAGUUUUGGCAAAACCAGAAAACCUCUCUGCCGCAUUUGAUGUCCUCAAUGGAAACAUCACUGGUCACUUUACAUGGAAAUUUUCCAAAGUGCAUCUUCAUCAGCCUAUGACUGGCUUCCAAGUCACAUGGGCAGAGGUUACAACAGAAAGUAGGCAGAACAGUUUGCCGAACAGUAUCAUUUCCCAGUCCCAAAUACUGCCAGCGGACCAUUAUGUUCUUACAGUUCACAACCUUAGACCAUCAAUGCUUUACAGAUUAGAAGUUCAGGUACUGACAACAGGAGGAGAAGGGCCUGCAACAAUAAAGUCUUUCCGAACGCCAGAUUUGCUGCCGCCGUUACCUCACCGGCCACACCUCAAGCAGCACCAUUCACACCACUACAAACCGUCCCCAGAAAAAAUCUGAGGCCAGUUUUUGUUCGAUCUAAGAAGAACUUUGCAUGGAAGUGGAAAGCAUGGAACUGACAUGGAGGAAUAAUGUUUUAUCAGAAGACUUUAACUUCAUGAUAAUAGGGA